AUGUCUCUUCUUUUUUAAAGGUUUUAUGAAAAUUCUUAAGAUAUUUUGAUAAAUUUUUAUCUCAAUUUUAUGUCUCUUCUUUUUUAAAGGUUUUAUGAAAAUUCUUAAGAUAUUUUGAUAAAUUUUUAUCUCAAUUUUAUGUCACUUCUUUUUUAAAGGUUUUAUGAAAAUUCUUAAGAUAUUUUGAUAAAUUUUUAUCUCAAUUUUAUGUCUCUUCUUUUUUAAAGAUAUUUUGAUAAAUUUUUAUCUCAAGUAAAAGUAGAACUUAUUAUACACAAUUAUGCACAUUUUUCAUUUGAAAUGGUGAAUGUCCAGUUUUUAGCCUUUUUCCUCUCUCGUUUGUUUGAAUUUGCUAAAGGUCCAUGCUAUUUAUUAAGGUAUUUGAGAGUGAGCAGCAAAUAGAGAAUGUUUUUAAAUUACUUUCCCAAUGGGAUUGGUCAAAAGUAGUACAAUCACAUUUCGAACACAGAAUUAAUCAGAGAAAUUUUUAUACUUAAUUUGAGAAAUUAAACUUUUGAUUAUUAAUUUUAAAAGAAAAUGUAAAUAUUUGUUAAAACUUUAACAGGAAAGACUAUUACUCUUGAUGUUGAACCAUCAGACACUAUUGACGCUGUCAAGGCUAAAAUUUAAGACAAGGAAGGAAUCCCACCUGAUUAAUAAAGACUCAUUUUUGCAGGAAA